AUGAUUGAUGCUAAGGCGAAGUGGAUUUAUAAUGUAUCUAGGAGCUCCUAUGACUACGAGGAUGAGAGUGAUAGGGAAGAUGAUAACACCGAUACCAUACCUAUACUUAUUCAAUCUGAAGAUGAAGAAAAAUACGAACCUAAGGAAGACUAUGUAGAAGAUCCUGAGGAGGAUCCCGAGGAGGAUUUUGAGGAAGAGCCAGUUCGAAAGCGUCAACAAGCAAAUAACAUGGCCGAAACACCUGAACAAUUAGCAGCUAGAGUGAGGGUACUUGAGCAGUUGUCACAAAACAUAGGACUACUAGUGCAAAACCAAGCUAACAAUAUGAACACUGGACAUGAUAACCCCCAAGCUAUCAUGGCUAAGAAGAUUGCCACUUUAAAACCCCCUAUCUUUGUUGGGAAAGAGGACCCAAUGCUAUUAGAGAAUUGGCUACGUGACAUGGAGAAAAUCUUUACUGCAAAUGGAACACCUGAGACCCAAAAGGUUAACAAAGCUACGUUUUACCUACGUGAGGAUGCCGAGACAUGGUGGGAAAAUGAGGGACAAACCAUUAAUAACCAACCAAACUUUGACUGGGAUUCUUUUAAGGUUGCUAUUAGAAGUCGAUUCUUCCCUGAACAUAUUAGGAGACAAAAGUGCAGUGAAUUCAAUAGGUUGAACCAAGGGAAGUUUAUGAGUGUCAAGGAAUAUGCCCAAAAGUUUAAUGAGUAUGCUAAGUUUUGCCCUAACAUGGUCCCUGAUGAAGUUUCUAAGGCCCAAAAAUUUGAGGAUGGUUUAGCUUUCAAGAUACAAACUAGGUUAGGAGGAAGUACCUCAUCUACCCUUGCAGAGGCUUAUUCUAAGGCUUGUAGUAUGGAGAGGAUCUUACAAAGAAAAGAAGAUGUGUUGGGAAGGAACAAGAGAAAAGACCAAAAUAAUGCGAAUAGUCAAAGUAAUGAUAAAAGACCUCGUUUUGGUAACAAUGGGGGAAAUGGUAGGAACAAUCACCAUGGAGGAGGACAUAACAAUAGGAACUACCAAAACCCUAGGCAGAAUGAAAACCAGCAAAGGAAUGGAAGUGGUUUAGCAAAUGGCAAGUACAACGCCAACAACAAUCAGAACAACAAUAGCAACAAUGGAAAUGGAGGACGCACUUUCAAUGGGAGACUCCACGUUAUGAGCAAGAGCGAAGCUGAGUCGGACGCCAACAUUGUGACGGGUACUUUCCUUGUAAACUCUAAACCUGCUUUUGUACUCUUUGAUUCUGGAGCUUCACAUUCCUUUUUAUCUAAAUCUUUUAUCGAAAAACAUUCCUUUAAACCUUCUUCUUCAUGUCAAGCUAAGGUAACCACACCCUCAGGUGAAACCUUUCUCAGUAAGAACCUUUACUUAAGUAUGCCUAUUGUUAUCUCUAAAACCGAACUACCCAUGAACCUUAUCGAGUUUAAUUUAAAAGACUUCGAUUUGAUUUUGGGAAUGGAUUGGUUAAGGAAGUAUUAG